AUGUCAUAUCACAAAGUUGCAGGAAAUUUGCCAAACAGCGAGCUGGAGGUAUCACGUGUGCUGGCUCUAAACGAGGUCUUCACAGCUAACACCAACCUCUCUAUCAAGGUCAACGAUGACAUCCUCCAAGCCAUAUUCGACAAGUUGCUGACCCUGGUGAAUGCAAAGAGCCUAGAAGAGCUGGCACUGAACUCUCGCGCCACCUACCGUUACCUCGAGAUGUUGGAAAAUAUUCUCGAUCUUGAGGAGAGUAAUCAAGUCCUCUACAAGCUUCAGGCAAAUGUGUUGAGGUUCAUUAGAAAUCACUGGGUAGAACUAAACGGAUCCAUGAUAACCGAUAACGGAACAUCUAUUUCUCUCGACUUGUUAAACUGCCGUUACUCAACCUAUUUUCAGUCAGGCUCAGAUUGUAGAAUAGAUCUUGAAGUUAACAACUGGAAGGGGCUUUACUUUGUGAAGAUGCUUUCUCUGAUGGCGACCUGCGCUUCCGGAUCUCUCAAGUCAUCUCUCACUAUUUGCAAGGAGUUAAUUCCUUACCAAGAUCUAAAGAUUCUCAUUGAGAAGUGUUCAACCGAUGUUGUUUACUUGAAAUGUCUCCUAAAGUUCUUUUUGAACGUUUAUGUUAAGUCCAACGGACAGCUCAAGAAGGUGGCGCUUGUGUCAGACGUGCUGCAGUACACUGCUACUGGAAGUAAGCUUAUAGAGGUUUUAUAUAACACGCUACUGGAGCCAAAGGGAGAUGUCCCUACCCAGCUCAACAAUCUAUCCUCCAUGCGCUACUUCGAAAUCAGCCUGAAACUUCUGAAUGAAGACGACACAACCUUUAUAGAUCUUCUUGACUUUGUGUUCAACUCGGCGCUCCCUCUAGUUGCAGAAGUAUUCACUGCUCCGAUGGUUUUGCUAAACGAGAAUGGAGGACCCGAAAUAGCAAAACAACUAUCAGUGAACAUGCGAUUACUCCUAAAAGCCACUUCUCCUUUCCUGAACGAGGAGAACUUUAACAUGCUGUUAUCUGCUAUUAAAGCGGUUAACAGUUAUAAGCCUGAACGGGGCAACGAUUUAGAGGUAAAAUUUGAAGGCGAAACGUGGAGAGUAAAUGCUUGUGGUACUGCUGGAGCAAUAAAACCAGAAGAAGCUGUAGUAGCUCAAAAUGAAGAUAGUCAUCUCAAAAGUACGAUUUCUUAUCUGUUCUUUAAAUUGAUGAUUUAG